AUGGUCACCAACGCGGCCAACGAUGCUGCCUCCAUGAAGGCAUACAAGCCACGGUAUAUUGAGGAGAAACUCUUUAUAAAUGGAGAAUUCGUGCCAUCGAUAUCAGGGAGGAAGUUCGACGUCUACAAUCCCACCACGGAAGAGCUGGCCGCAUCAGUCUACGAAGCCAAUGCCGACGAUGUUGAUCUCGCUGUUCAAGCCGCCCAAAACGCAUUCCCGGCCUGGUCAGCGUUAUCCGCUGCCGACAGAAUCGGUUACCUCGAUCGACUUGCCGAUGCCAUCGAGGCUAAUGCCGAUGAGCUUGCCUACCUAGAAGCGAUUACCAUGGGCAAGCCGUAUAUCGAUGACUUCUCGAUAAAACUCUCUGUACGUAAUCUACGAUACUUCUCAGGGAAAGCUCUCGACGUGGUUGGCGACUCAAGCCUCAACACCCGAGAUUUUGUGAAUAUUACGCUUCGACAACCUUACGGUGUUUGCGGUGGUAUCACUCCUUGGAAUGUUCCUCUCCUCAUGUUAAUCAACAAGCUCGGCCCAGCUCUAGCUACGGGCAAUACAUUGGUACUCAAAUCAUCUGAGAAAUCGCCGCUCUCAUCACUCGUCGUUGGUCGGCUCGCCCAGGAGAUUGGUCUACCGAAAGGCGUGCUUAAUAUUCUCUCUGGAUAUGGUCGUCCUUGCGGCGAGGCUAUUGCGAAGCAUAUGAGUAUCCGAAAGCUGAGCUUUACCGGCAGUGUUGCUGCAGGGCGCGCUAUCAAAAAGGCGGCUGCCGAAUCAAACCUCAAAAAGGUCACACUUGAGCUUGGUGGGAAGUCUCCACUUAUCAUCUUUGGCGAUGCAGACCUCGCUAAGGCUGUCCCUGCCGCAACUGCGAGCAUCCUACUGAACAGUGGGCAAUCUUGCGUCGCCAGUUCGCGCAUCUACGUCCACGAAUCCGUAUCAACGGAAUUCAUGGAACUGAUGAAGAAAGCCAUGGCUGAACUCCUUCCGGCCGGCGAUCCAUUAUUACCUGGGUCACGCCGUGGGCCACAAGUUGAUAAGGCUCAAUUCGACCGCGUUGUAUCAUUUCUCGACUACGCACGAGACAACCAAUUGGAAAUUCCUGUUGGCGGUGGCCGCCAGGGUACAACUGGCUAUUUCGUCGAGGCUACAAUGAUCGCUAACGCACCUGAGAACUCUCGAGUCAUGAAAGAGGAGAUUUUUGGACCUGUUGUGUGCGUGAAUACAUUUGCCGACGAGGCUGAAGCACUUCAGCGUGCGAAUGACACCGAGUUUGGUCUCUAUGCAAGUGUGUUUACAAAAGAUAUCUCAAGGGCCUUGAGAGUCGCCAAAGUGCUCGAAGCAGGGAGUGUCGGCAUCAACUGCUCGUCGCCAACCAUGGCUGUCGAUAUGCCGUUUGGUGGGUGGAAGCAGAGUGGCGAUGGACGGGAGUUGUCUAAAUACUGUAACGACUACUGGACCGAGCUCAAGAGUGUGUAUAUCGCGCUCUAA